GCUGCACUUGUUCUGUUGGCAGUUUGCAGCGGCCAUUUCAAAGAGACCAUCACAAAGACGAGCGAGAAAUCAGAGAAGUAGCAGUUCCCAAGAUGCUGGCACCCUGCCUUCUGAGAAGAGUGGUCCUUACAGUUCCUUUUGUGUUUGUGGUCGCACUGCUUCUCGCAGAGCCUGUCAGAUCUGAACAAGAGGCAGGAACGGCCAUACCAGCUGAAAGCCGUCCUUGUGUUGAUUGCCAUGCAUUCGAGUUCAUGCAGAGGGCCCUGCAGGAUUUAAAGAAGACAGCCUAUAAUCUAGACACACGGACAGAAACUCUGCUUCUUCAGGUGGAAAAGAGAAAUCUGUGUGUUUGUGUAACUGCAAACCUGCUGGACUGAAUCCUGGAGGCCAGUUAAGGAGUGUCACCUGCUCAGCAGUUUUUAAAAGGCAGCUGUAUAAAAUACAGCAUUAAGGAGUUCAUGUUGUAAGCAUGUAUGCCCCAACAUACUGAGGAAACUGGGGGGUUGUGUCUUUAUAUAUUUGUCUGUUCUGUUUGUUGGGGGUUUUUUUUAAUAGUACCCUCUAUUCAUAUC